AAUAGUAAUUAGACUUAAGAGUUAGAGUAGUUUAUGCUAUUCGGACACCUAUAGGCCCAAAUUUGAAAGUUUGACUUUGACAGCGCAUUAUUUUACAAUGGUUUGACAUAGAAAAGAAAAUGACGUAUCAAAAUCUUCUUUAGUUAAAGGAGAAUAAGGAUGACUACUUAUAUUUGUUCCCCAAACCUAUAUUUGUUAUCAAUUUAAGGUCAAAGAGGCCGUGUGUUUUCAUUUAAUUCGGACACAUUUGACCCACAUUAUUUGAUUCCGGACACCAUAAUUUAUUUCGGACAGUCUCUAUAUUUAGGCAUCAAUAAACUCAGAUUUUAAUUCUAUAUUAACAUUAACUAAAUUUUAAGAUCCCCAGGCAUAGCCCCUUACAUGAAAUCAUUACGAUGUUUUCAAACUAUGCAUAAAUACGAACUGAAUCCUCUAUAUUCUCUCUAUAUAAAUCUAGAUCUAGAUCUAUCUAGUAGGUCUAGAUCUAAGCAUUUAACUUCAUUCAAUAUACCAAGCUCAGUCCAAACAUUUGCCCAUUUAUUCUCUAUUAAAAAAAAACAUCAACAAACGAACAAAUAUAAUAUAAGAUAAUUUUUAUUGAUGUCCAAAACUGGCUGUCCAAAAUAAAUUUUGGUAAGAAAAUCGUAAUUUAAUUCAGACACCGUAUUAAUUUUUUUUUGGUAUGGAAUUAGAAAACUUGGCUUAUGAAUCAAAUAAAUUAGCUUCAAAAACAGAAUAAAUAUUGCCGGGCUCAUUAGUAUAGACUUAGCCAAUCAAAAAAUAUAGUCUUAACUCUAGGAAGAGGUAAAGUCAUCCGGGUAACAUAGGAAAAAACAACAACCUGACUAACAAAUUUGAAAUUCGUUUUUCUUACAUAAAAAGAUAGCUAAAUGGAAGGAAAUUGGGUUAGAAUCAUUGGGAAAAUGGACAAGCACAUUAUACAGCGCGCUAGUUUUAUAAUACAUAUUAAAAUAAUUAUUUAAUGACCACAAAAAAUAGCGAAUGUCCGAAUUCAUGUAAUGUCCGAAAUAAAUAAACUACUAUAAAUAGUAAUAACUUACCUUUAAACUUUAACUUUACUUAUACUACUGUAAUAGGGAUGACAUGGAACAAAACAUGAAUGAAUGCAGAAAUGUCAUUAAAAUUGAGAAGAUAGAUUGGUCAGAUACUCCAGAAAACAGCUUUACUGGCCAAACUUGUAAAUUAACUUUUGUAGAACAGGCACAGGAAUCUGACGAACCAAACAUGGAUGACUUGGCUCAGGACUUGACCAAUGAUCUAAAAAAUAUUAUAAAAAUUGAAAAGAUGGAAUCCUCUUCAUAUUCAGAGACCCAAGAAAUUGAAGAAGAGACGCAGGAAAAAAUGGUGAAUCAGAAUCAAGAAAUGACUUUAAACCAAGAUUUGUAUGCUACAAACACUCCUCACAAAGAUGAGAAUGAUGUAAACUUAAAAGAUGAGGAACAAUUUUUUUCUUUGAGGAAUAGAACCCAGAGAAAUAAAAAAUCUGACCAAUCUCAUGUAGGUACACAAACAUCCUCUACUCUAUCAAAAGUAAAAAAAAAAGUGGUGAGUCAAUCAAGAAGGAAGUCAGUUCAAUGCAAAAUUUGUCAGAAAGUGUUCAAUCGGUCCUCUUACCUAAAAAAUCAUGAGAAAAUACAUACUGGUAUAAAGCCAUAUAAAUGUUUAGUUUGUCAGAAAGAAUUCAUUCAGCUCACUCAAUUUAAAAAUCAUAAGCUAACACAUUCUGAUGUAAAGCCAUUUAAAUGUAAAAUUUGUCAGAAAGAAUUUGACUACUCUUCUAGCUUAAAAUGGCAUGAGAAAAGACAUGAUGGGGUAAAAUAUACUUGUGAAAUUUGUCAGAAAGAAUUUACUUAUCCCUCUAACUUAAUAGCUCAUAAAAAAAAACAUUCUGAUAAUAUGCCAUUUAAAUGUAAAAUUUGUCUGAAAGAGUUUUAUCUGUCCUAUUACUUAGAAAAACAUGAGCGAAUACAUUCUGGUAUAAAGCCAUUCAAAUGUAAAAUUUGUCAAAAAGAAUUCACUGAGUCCUGUAAUUUAAAAAACCAUUUAGUAAUACAUUCUGAUGAAAAGAAAUUUCAGUGUGAAAUUUGUCUGAAAAAAUUCAAUCAUCUUUGCAACUUAAAGUGCCAUAGGCUAAUACAUACUGGUGAAAGGCCUUUUAAAUGUCAAAUUUGUCAAGGUGAUUUUACUCGGCUCGCUCACUUAAAACGACAUGAGAAAAUACAUUCUGGUAAAAAUAAAGUGUGACAUUAAAAUAUUUGUUCUCUAAAUUGUUUUUAGAAUACCUUCUGGCACAUCAUUGUGCCAUUAAACUAUUUAAAUAUUUAUGGAUCAUGCUUUCUUUAAAUUAUUGGGAUUUAAAAAAAAAAAAUAUAUGAUUGUUUACUUUGGUAAAACAUAAUUUAAUGUUAUAUAGCAUUGACUUAAUAAAAUUCUGAAGUUUCAAGAAACUAUAUAAUAUAUUUAUGUGUGGAUUAAAAGUGGGUAUAGUGUUAAUACUAAUAAGCAUCACAACACCAGUCUGGUAUGCAUACAGUAUUAUAUGACCAUGCAGUUAUAUAUUAGAAAAAGUUAACACAAUCUACUAGCUUUAAUCAUUAUCAUAUGAUUCAUUAUUGGGGAAUUGUUUUAAUGUUACCUCUGUCAGUCUUUAAGCUUUAAAUACCAUAAGAUUAUUCUGCAUAAAAAGCUAGAUGCGUCCCAAAAUGCAAUUGUGCUUAUUUUUUAAAAUUAUUUUUCUUUCUUUGUGGACCAAAAAAAAAAAAGGCAGUUUCACAAAGAUAAUUAUUUACAUGCUUAAAAUGAAAGAAGAGAAAUGAAAUUCAUUUAGAUAAAUUUUAAUGUAAUAGCUUUUGUCAUAUUUUCACUUAAGAUUUAAUUACAAACAUUGUUGUUUAAAAUGAACUCCAUUUUAAUAAUAUGAACAAGAAGACAAACAGAAGACUUCCAUCACACUAAUAACAUACCCUAUAGGCCUACUUGAGACAAACACCUGAACAUGCUCAACAAGGGAGACUGCAUCAAGAAAAGAAAACAUGACAUCAUCCUCAGUCUGGAGUCAAAUAUAUAUUUCCACAUUGAGGUUGUUCUAAUGUUAUAGACAUAAAUACACACAUAUGAAACAGCUUUAAUAAUUUUUUUUUACAUUUAGAUUUAAAAAAAAAAAGGUUCUUUAAUUAAAGGAAAAUGUUUUCUUUGUCCAAUUAACAUUGACAAGAAUGACAUUAACAUUAAUGCUUUUUUUAAAGAACAUAAUCUCCUUCAUAUAGCAUACAGUGCGGUUAUUGUUCUCUUAAUAACUAAUGAAUGUUAGAUUUUAAAAAAAUGGAUUCUAUUGUGGCAGAGAAUAAAGCUGUGUAUACUCAAAUGUUAUUUUUGUGCUUUAAUAGAAUUAGUCAGAGUUACAGUAGAACCAUGGCAUUCAUUUGUUAAAGAGCAGAACAGCUAUAACAAUUAACAUUAUUUCUUCUUCCAUAAAAUCAAACUUAUUAGUUCUGUAAUAAGUCAAGUAAAGUUCCCCUUUCAGACCAAAGUUUUAUUACUAACAUUAGGCCUAUCAAAAGUGGCAGAGUUAGUUUAAUUUUAUGAGUUUAUAAUUUGCACAUUUGUGAAAGUCUAAUCCAUUUUUGAUUGAAUAGAUUAGUUGGAAUGUAGGAGAGAGAAUGACAGAAAGCAUGUAAUAGCCCAGACAGUCAGAAGAUACUGUGUAAUAUUAUAAUAAUAAUAAUAAUAAUAAUAAUCUUUAUUAUCUGUAAGGAAAUUUGUCUUACAAUUUGUGCAUUACACCAAACAAAAAAAAUUUUAACUAUAAGAAACCAAAGUGUACAUUCACACCAGACUCACUCAUAAUUUACAUGUGACAAAGUUUAUACCAGAUUGUUCUUAUUUAAUGAUUUGAUUGCCAGGGGAACAAAAGAGUGUUUGUGUCUGUUUGUCUUUGCUAUCGGUGUCUUGUAUCUCUUUUGUGAUGGUAAAAUCACAAAAUCCUGACACAAAGAGUGAUUCUUUAUUUCGAGGAUCUUGUUAGCUUUUUUAUAGAUGUUUGUCUCAAACAACUGCCCAAAUGGGGUUUGUUUUUUGCCAAUGAUUUUGCCAGCAGCAUUUAGGAUUCUAUUGUGGCAGAGAAUAAAGCUGUGUAUACUCAAAUGUUAUUUUUGUGCUUUAAUAGAAUUAGUCAGAGUUACAGUAGAACCAUGGCAUUCAUUUGUGAAAGAGCAGAACAGCUAUAACAAUUAACAUUAUUUCUUCUUCCAUAAAAUCAAACUUAUUAGUUCUGUAAUAAGUCAAGUAAAGUUCCCCUUUCAGACCUUGUGAUCUAUAGGGCAGAUGAUUUAAAGGUCAUCUGUUUCUGUGGCCUAUGGUUAACGAGGGUGUCCUGUGGCCAGCACAAUCACCAACUGCCUUUACUUUUCCCCAACUAAUGUCAGGUACCCAUUAGAGCUGGGUGGACUCAGAGGUGCCCAAAAGAUCCCAAAAUUAAAAAUCUCAAACCCAGGACCCCAGGUUCAGAAGCCAAGCACUUUACUGCUCAGCCAACAAUAUACUUCAACUGUCAAAUUUCUAAGUAAAUCGUUAAAUUUGUUUUCGAGAUCAGUAUAUUCUUAUAAUAAUUAAAUUACCAAAAAAUUUUUUCUUUUGUUAAAAAGAGAAAUCUGAAGAUUUAAUUUUUUCCUAUGAAGUGUUAAAAAAUAAAAAAUCAUGUUUCUUUCUGAUAGUGUUAUGGUGUUUAAUGUAGGCCUAAUAUAGAUGAGAAAGCAUUGUAGUUUGCAAUAAUUUAAGUUACUCAUUAAAAGAAAUGGUUUGCCACUUUUGCAUUUUUAAGAAUUAACGUAUUUAUGUUUUAUUUUUUUCAUCAGGUUCUUCAUUUUAUAAAAUGUCAUUGUUUUAGUUUUCAUUGUCAUGUUUUAAAAAAGUGUUAAAGAAAUUACAUUUACUGACGGACAAUUUUUUUUUAAAUAAAGGGAUUAUUAUUAAAUAUAUCAAUUAGCAUAUUGAAAAGUAACAAUUUAAUUGAUUGGCGCUAGCUGUUCUCAUAGACAUGAUAUUAUUUUUAAAACAAUUUGUAGUGUCAAAUUGUAUUACAGUUGAUAAAUAAUGGUUUCAUGUUAAAUGCCUCUUUUUAUUAAUCUAACAUUACUUUAAGAGACAACAGGUUGACACAGCACUGACACUGCAUUCUAUAAAUCAUGGCUAGGAAGUAACUUAACAUUUUGGUAGAAAUAGUAUACAUUUUACUUUCACUACAUGUUUUGCAGCAUAUCAGAAGCAAUUAUGUUUUAUUGAUCUAAAUAUUGAUUGAAAUGUUUAGUAGUAGUAUCAUUGUGUUUUGUUUUGUUUCAUUGUAAAACACGUUUUCCCUUGCUCUAAUAUGAUAAAUAUAACACAAACAAAAUGCACAUAGCAUUAUAUGGAAAUAAUUUAAUCACUUGUACAUUGGUAACUCCGGUCAGUUCUGCCAAUCUGGUAAAGAAUGGUUUUUACAAAUUAACGUACAUUUUAUUUUCUAAAUGUAUGUAUAUUUUCUGUAUUUAUGUAGGCCUACCGGAGUAAGUAUUUGUAUUUGCUGCAACUGUAUAACAUUUUAGGAAACAUUUUUAUUACCGUUCCGUACUACUGGAACUUUACUUUUCAAUUUGAAAAAUACUUAUUGCUAUUAGAAACGAAUUAUUAUUGUUGUAUAUUUGUCUCAUCAGUGUUCACACUCGAUAUUUAAUAACAGUUCCAUAUUGUGAAUUACAAUAAAAUAUGUAUGCAGGA